UGAGAGGUUUUGUUUUCAGGCUCCGGUGUGAGGCGUUGUGACAGGCGUGUGAGCUGGCAAGUGUCAAAGUUCGCUCGGAUAACUUUUAAACGAGGACGACAGUAAUAGUUCGCUGUAUAGUGAUCUAGCUGUGCAAAAAUGGUAGAGCUACGCUGUUUUCUGCCUGUUUUAUUUGUCUUCGGUGUGCUGGUGAUUUUGCCGCGGAGUUCUGUAGCUUACACAGACUGCAACGCACUGUCAAACACAACCUGUGAGGAGUGUCUGCGCAAUCUGAGUUGCUUGUGGUGCCAGUCAACACAGAUAUGCAUCUAUUACCCGGUGCAAACUAUUCUGCCCCCUCACUCUCUGUGCCCACUGGAUUUAGCUCGAUGGGGAUCAUGCUGGGUGAACUUUCAGACUCUGAUCAUCGCGAUUUCUGUAGUUGCUGCUGUCAUUAUCAUCGCGAUUCUUAUCUGUUGCUUCUGCUGCUGCAAAUGUGAGAAUAUUGGGACGAAGAGGUUUGAGAAUAAGAUGGACCGCCAGGCUGAAAAAAGGAAGGUUCAACAGGAGGAAAGGAAAGCUGAGAUGAAGACGAGGCAUGAGGAAAUCAGGCAAAAAUAUGGUCUCACAAAGGCAAACCCUUACGCUAGAUUUGAGAACAGCUAAGCGGGCUGGUCGUCACAGCUGUUCCGAUAAGCUUCCGUCUUUCCUCGGCACAAACAAAUCCCGUCCCUGAAACACUCCAAUACGUUACACUUCAUUCUGCUACUCAGAAAAGUAGUUAGUCCUUUAUGUAAAAUUGUUGCCAGAAAGUAUAUUGCUGUACAUCAGUUACUUUAAAGAUGUUUGUUUUCACUGAAAAUCCUUUAACUUUUUAAGCUGGUAUACCUAGGUAGACUAAAACAUUUUAGUUAAUCUAAUAUAAUUGUAAUUGUUCUUUUUUCCAGCUCUUCUUCCCAUUUAAAAAUAUACCAAGAAUUAAUAAAGCGUUCCAGUGCAAAACACUACCUAUCCUGAAGUGCAAUGUUCAGAUUAUUUCUAAUACAAAUUUGAUUGCAUGUCAAUUUAUUGUCACAGAUUACAGCAGGUAGUUAUUCUUCUGAAACUGGCCUUAUUUAUAUGUUUUAUUUCUAAGGUCUAACAGGGGAACUGGUAUGGUACUCUUAAAAUAUUAAACCAAUGGCUUUUUGAAGUGUUACUAUGUAACACAUUAUCCUAGAUAAUGUCUUGAAAGUCAUUUAUAGGUACUGGUAAUAGUUAUAAAAUCAAAUAUUACUAUCUUGUAAUUCAUGUUUGAUUUUGGUUUAAGCCUAAUUGGUCAGUGUGGUAACAAACCAUAAUGUGCAAUCAGUUGUUCCAAGCAGUGUAUGCAAUUUGAUUUUUUCGAUUCAUGUAAUUAUAUAUGUUUUUGUUUGUGUGCCAUUUUAAAGCUCUAUAAAGAGGUUUUAUGUCAGGCUUAAAUUGGGAAAUGCACAUUUUUUAAAAUGAACUUUUACGGAAGAUUGAACCUGAUAUAUUCUGCCAGCACUUGAAGUAUACUAGCUGUACAUGUGUUGUGGCAUAAUUGUCUUGCCAGACUUUUUCUUUAUAAAUUGGGACCUGCAUUGAAAGCUGUCCUGAUCAAUACAAUAUACUGCUAAAUACUUAUAAGCCAGGGUUUGUGCUGCAAUUCAGGAAAUCUCAAAUUACAAAUAAAUGUGAACUGAAAUC